AGAAAACAAAUAAACGCCUCUUAUCAGCAGGCUGAGACAGAAAGACGGGGUGUAAAGCUUUGACAACGGCGCGUGAAGGAUAACACACACUUUGAGUUCCACGUCUGUUUUAGCACAAAAGUGGUUUUUUAGGUGUUUAAAUGGAAAAUGAGGAGGGACAUACCUGAUAUCACCUGUCUCUGGACAGUGGCUGGAGAAGGACAGGAGUAAAUGGCGCUGAGCUCCCGGCUCUGAGACAACUGGAGCACCGUGAUGGCUAGCAGAGAGGGUGGUCAUGCUGAUCGACCCCUGCUUCCAUCUGUAAGGCCAUCUUCUGCUCCAAAACUAAAUGUGAAACGCUCGCUUUCCCGAGAGACCAUUACCAUCCAUUUCUCUGCAAUGGGCAAUGAAGAGGAUGAGGAGGAAGAAGGCAUAUAUGGACCAUUAGACCUGCCGAUUGAAGAAGUGACGAGCAGUCAAGGAGUAGUAACUGCUUUGGAAGCAAGUGAAGACCUUGUACUUGAAGGAGACACAGAGAUAAAGUCUGUCAGUAAUGAUGAUGCUGAGCUUUUUUCAGUCAUGUCAGGCCAACAGAACGCUAAUAAAGAUGAACACAGUUUUGCAUGCACUCCUCCUGCUGAGCCUACAAAGGGGACAGGAUCCUCAUCACCCUCUGCGAACUCCUCACCUUCCAAAUCGAUGUCACUUCCCUCAAUGGAUAAGGCCUUUCUCAACCUGAUGAAGUCUUUGUCUACAGAUUUUGAACCCCGGGAAGGUGUCCCCGCUCCUCCUUCUUUGCGGCAUCGGCAGUUGAUGAAGAAUCUGGUCAAAUCUUUAUCUACAGACACAGCCCAGGAGUCUACUGGAUCAAACCGCUCCUCAGACUCCCGCCUCAACCUGCACCUUUUCAAACAGUUUACUCAACCCCGAACGACAACAAGUACAGGAGACUCCAAAACUGCUCCAACAUCUCCCUUAACCUCACCUGACAACCGUACCUUCUCCUUCAAAGUGUCAGAGGUGGAGGCCCGCAUUGAAGACACGAAACGACGUUUUUCAGAAGCCAUUUCAGAUCCUUUGCACUUGAUUAGCAAGUUUAUUGGAGAUGAAACUUCCAGUAUUUACAGACCUAAACCUCUUUCAUCCAGUGCCACAGAAUUAACAAGUUUUUCCACUCUAAAUGGCCAUCUUGAAAGCAACAAUAAUUACAGUAUCAAGGAAGAAGAAGGUGACCUGGAUGGUGAUGGUGUUACUCCAGAGGCAACUGAGCUGGCCUCAGCUGCUGAAAGCAAGACUGCCAAACCUUGUACAUCCUCUAUGGGAUUGGACAAGUGCUCCAUGUCUGCACUAGCCAAACAGGAUGACGAAGAGUUCUGUGAACUGUACAGUGAGGACUUUGAGUUGUCUGUUGAUACAGAGGUGCAAGUUGAUGAAGCCGAGUGCAGGAGCACCAGAAGCAAUGUUUAUAAGUCUGCUAGUAAGAGCACAAACACUUUUAGUGAAGAUGAAAUGGAUUUGGUUUCGGCAUGUAGUAUUCCACAUAAGACUUUGUUAGCUCUGACCAUCAUUACCUAUGGAUACUUUAUUCUACCUUUGCCCCCUUACUUUGGAGGAAUGUUGCUGGGUGUAGCACUAGGGUUUAUGCUAGCCAUUGGUGUAGUGUGGCUAACAGGGCCAAAGCUACCAGGAAUCAGAAGAGCGCAGAGGGAUCUUUGGAAUGUGGCACAGCUGGAUAUCAAAGAGCCAGGCAUAUUCAAGGGUUGGAUGAACGAGAUUCAGAACUACGACCCAGAAACCUACCAUGCAACGCUGACCCACUCUGUGUUUGUGCGCUUGGAAGGCUCCACUUUGCGAAUUUCCAAACCUAACAAGAACAUCACCCGGCGAGCUAGUUACAACGAGCCCAAGCCAGACGUCACGUACAUCAGCCAGAAAAUCUAUGAUCUUACAGAUGGCAAGGUGUCCCUGGUGCCCCAGAGUCUGGCCAGAAAGCGGGUGUGGAACAAGAAGUACCCGAUACGCGUUGAGCUUGCCAAGCAGGACGACUUCAUGUCUAAAGCAGAAGCAGCCAGCGAAGAGAAGGACAGUCAGGAUAUUGCCGGUUCACAGGAUGGAGGAAGGGUGGGUUCAGACCGUGAACUGCCCACCAUUUACUUGUUUGGAAGAACGGGAAGGGAAAAAGAGGAGUGGUUCCGGAGAAUACUUCUAGCCUCGAAACUCAAAUCUGAAGCAGCUAAGAAGCCAGCGAGCUUGCCAACUAGUAAGAGUGCUCCAGCACUGUCUCAUAGCCGCAGCAGUAGUAGAGGGAGUCUGGAUGAACUCCUGUCAUCUCAGGCAGCUAAGAAAGAGUUGAGUGCCAGACAGAGGCCUCUGUUGGACUACAGUAUUUACAUGGCCAGCUAUGUUGGCACUUCUAAAGCGACCAGCACCAACACCAGUCCUGGAGAAAGCCCACACAGCAGCCCUGGGGUGGGCAAAAAGUUGUCAAGCAGCCCAGUAAAAGAAAAAGAGGAGGUUUCUGUGAGCUGGCUGAAUGCUCUGAUUGGCCGGAUCGCAUGGGACUUCUUCAGGGAGCAGCACUGGUCUGAAUGGGUGUCCAAGAAGAUCCAGAUGAAGCUCAGUAAAAUCAGGUUGCCUUACUUCAUGAACGAGCUGACGCUGACCGAGCUUGACAUGGGCGCCUGCACUCCCAGAAUCCUUUGGGCCUCUCAACCCUCAGUGGAUCAUCAAGGUCUCUGGUUUGAUGUGGAAAUCUCCUACAAAGGUUCAUUCCUCAUGACUCUGCAGACAAAGAUGAAUCUGUCGCGACUGGGGAAGGAGGGCGAGGCUGUUGGCGAGUUUGGAAAAGACGGGCACAGGCCACGUACAUACUGCCUGGCUGAUAGUGAUGAGGAGUCUUCCAGCGCCGGGUCUUCUGAUGAGGACGAUGGGACGGAGAACAUUGCUGAUAAAAACUUGCAGUCGGGCGCAGAAGGAUACGCUGGAGUCCACAGGCCGAGCAAGAUCAUGAGAAUCGUGGACAAGAUAACCAAAAACAAAUACUUCCAGAAGGCUACAGAGACCGAGUUCAUUAAGAAGAAGAUCGAGGAAGUGUCAAACACACCACUCCUGCUCACUGUGGAGCUUCAGGAGUGUAAGGGAACACUGGCUGUCAACAUCCCUCCUCCCCCCACUGACAGGAUAUGGUAUGGCUUUCGCAGCCCUCCUCUUCUGGAGCUGAAGGCUCGUCCCAAACUCGGAGAGAGAGAAGUGACGUUCGCACACGUUACUGACUGGAUAGAAAAGAAACUGGAGCAGGAGUUUCGGAAAAUCCUUGUGAUGCCAAACAUGGACGACGUGUGGCUUACCGUCAUGCAUUCUGCCAUGGACCCUCGGUCAGACGCGACGGCAACAGAGCUCAAGGGAGCCACGACCGUCCCCGAUGCUGAUCUCCUAUCCUCGGAGGAGGCGUGAAGGACCAAUACUAGCCAAAUGAGAGCUGAUAUCAUAGCUCCUCAUCACCGAGAAGCAUAGAAAUACAACGCUGCUUUAAUUACUUUGUCAACAAGAAGGUUUAUUCCUGUGGAAGAAAUAUGUGAGGGAAAAACACAGAGUAUGUUUGAAGACGGAGGAGACGGAGAACAAGAGUAAUAAGUAAUGUAUAUGCAAGAAGGACAACAACGUGCAAUGAAAAUCUAUGAAGGAAGCAAAUGUUUAACCAGGUAAAGAUCUGUGCAUAUCUGUAUUUGAGUGCAUAAAGCGUUCAAACAUUAACCUGUGAUUUUUAUAAUGAAGUGCGGCAGAGCAAAACGUGUUCAACUUCUAACUGCACUACGAUUUAUUACAUACUAAACAUCUAUGAAGCAUUGUUUUUUGUUUUUUGUUUUCUUCUCCCCCGUGUGACAUCUGCACAUUUUGUUAUGCACUAACACCUGAUUUCUGCUAAUUAUCACACUGAACAUGUCAGUAAAACACAAAGUCAUGGUGCAGAAGAAAUCAAAGACUCCUCUCUGUAUCUGACGAUAACCCUAAGCUGUGUGAUUUCUUCUAAAUGAUUAGAUCUUGGGUAUCAUUUCAGCCUGGAUCAGCUUUGAAGAACACUGUGCCUGAGUAAUCUUCUGAUAGCCUCACUUCUUUGAGGACAGUGUACUGUAAUGUUUUGUGUGUGAGUUUAUAAGAGAGAAUGUAAAUGUCUAUGGCUAUAUUUAAAGCGUAUAACCUGAUCGCCUGGAUUUAAUCUAAUACUAGCAUCAAAUGCAUACAUUUAAAAAAACAGUUUAUCUAUAGACCCAACUGUCUCAUCUUCUGAGCACAUAAUGAUCCACAAUAUCAGAGUAUAUCAUAUAAUGCCAUAUCAGUACAUGCAUCCUGGGACUGCACUGCGUUUAAGUGUGUGUUUGUUUGUGGUCUGGACUGGUUUACACUGCUUCCACGGCUUAAAUCCAGGGCUACACCUUUUACCCAUUAUAGAAGAUUUCUGUUAAUAACCAAAUACUGUGAUGCAACACAACACUAAUGAAAUAUUUCCAUACAGACACAUUAACACACAUUAACUCCAUAACACACACCUAAUAGAGACAGUUUAAUCAUUACAACCAUACCUGGGAAAUUUCAUGCAAUUUAAAGGUGCAGUAUGUAAAAGUGGUUUUGGACCAAACGAUCCUGUUAUAGUAGGAAAACCUCUUGAUCCUAUAUUGUGCUAUAUUGUACUCUACUUUUUUCACAAAUGAAGUUACAUCAUUUAUUAUUCUAGUCACAAAAUGUACAAUCUGUCCCUUUAAAUUUCCCUAUUUGAUCACUAACUAUAUAUAAUGCAUAGUAUCAUGUGAUUCCAUAUAUAUAUAUAUAUAUAUAUAUAUAAUAUAAAAUGAAAUUAAAAAGAUCUGUGGAUUAAAAUUAGAGCAUUUCCCAGCUAUAGUUGAUUCAGCUCAAAAUUCUGCCCAAGCUUAGGUGAUGGUUCUAGUUGUUAUGGUGCAGGAAGGGACACGUGUACAAAUGACAACAAAUACACAAGCGAAGCUCACACAAUCAAAACUGGACCAUGAAAAAUAUGAAUAUUCUGUAUCAUUAUUACCCUCUGAAUGAAGAGGAGUGUGUGUGUGUGCGCACGGGUGUACGCUGGGGUUUUGUGAUAUGUGCGAGAGAUAGGCAGUAUGCAAAAAGUCUAAGAGUAAUGAAUGUAUGAUUUUUGUAUUGUAUCGUGUGUGUGUAUAGGUCUAGUGUAUACAGUUCAUGCUACUAUAAUAGAGGUUAUUAUUUGAUACAAAUUAAGAAAAUAUGAAGAUUUUAAAAAAAAUAAUAAUAACAAUGACUAUAUUGACUAUAUAGACUAUAUGUAUGUAUGUGUGUGUGUGUGUGUGUGUGUAUAUAUAUAUAUGUAUGUAUGUAUGUGUAUAUAUAUAUAUAUAUAUAUAUAAAAUAUGAACGAUUGUAUGUAGUCGAUCUACUAUCGACUAUUUAUAUUUCUAUUUUGAGUUUUUAUUUAUUAGUGACAGACAUUCCCAAUCCAAAUCCUAUGUGAAUGGAAAUGAGAUUUUUUUUUUUUUGGCAUAAUUUAUUUUUUUGGAGUUGUAAUAUCCAAGCAGUAAAGAAAAAGAACUUAAAAAUGUUUGUUUCACACGUAUUUGCUUGUUUUGGUAUGCAGAAUGCUGAUUAAUCAGAGAUGGAAAAGGUUUAAACAUUCAUUAAUUGGUGUCUUACAAUCCCCAUUGUGCCAUCAUUGUUUUUGAAAAUCCUGUAAUUGAUCAAAGAUAUCACUGAUUUAUGGUAGCGCAAUUUUCUUCACACAUUAUUGUGAUCUGUUUACUACUGUAUGUUUCCAUUGGGAAGGAUAUUACACUUGAAAUGAACCUCAGCAGUUUUAUUUGAGCCUGUCUAUAAUGAGGAAGACAUUGUUCUUGUAUUGCCUUCUGAAUGAGGCAGCCUUUAUUUUGGUAGCAGAAAUGCCAUCUAAUUCUGCUCUACCAAACUCAAGUGAACGAUUUUUGUAUUCACAAGUGCCCAAUUUUAGUUAACAAUACAGCAUGUUGAGCAUUGUGAUAUCAUUUAACCUAGGCACACGGAUGCAGAAAUGAAGUAAUGUUAAAAUUAAACAAAAAGAGUGAGAGAGAGGAAAAAAAUAAACUAUAAUACUGUGACACUAUAUAUUAUUGGGUAUCCUGGUACGCUUAAACUAUAUACUCUACACACUACUGAUAAACAUUAUGCCCAUGGUGCCAAGCCAAGUGUUGACAUCUUACUCAAAUUAAACGUUUGAAAUGUGUUUAUUCAUCUGUUUACAGUGAGGAAUGAUAUUUGUUCGGAUGGAUUUCUCUUACAUUCAGUGUCCUUUUUUUUUCUUUUUUUUUUUGCCACGAUUGUUUAUUGCCUUUAAUUGACAUUGUAGGAAAGCUGUUAGUUCUGCUGAUGAGUAGUCGGAUCAGCAUUAAUCGCUGUCAGCGAGGUUAAUCCGUGUUCCUGAAUCAUCAGUGAAAGGACGUGUAAUUUGAUACCAUUAAUAAUGAAGACUGUAACUGGAUCAGAUACGUGUAUGCAAAUGCUGUGUAUGCCAGACUGUGUCUCAAAAUCAGUGCAGUAUUAAUAAUAGAUUUGCUACUUUCUCUCCUUUGGCCUCAGAAUGCCUUCUCCAAACAAGUGUUGCAAAAAUGCCAGCUUGUUUAUACAUACUUUGCUUACUAUUGUACGUCUUUCUCUUUUGUUUAUUUUAUUUUAUUUUUUGAUUAUUAAAAUGUUAAAACUGUACAAAUUGUAUUUUUCUCCCAAAAAGAUGAAUAAAGAUUUUUCUUAUUUC